GGGAAGUAUGCGCUCGAGUCUUUCGUGCACAUUUUGCCGGUAGCCUCCAAGGGUUCCCGGAGGCGAGGCCAGGUACGCCGUAGGAAUGAGGAUGCAAAGGAUGACCAUGAGGAACAAACAAGGCUACAGCCAGCCUCGUCAGAUCAAGGACAUAAUAGGUCGCAUUUAACACCGGAAUCUUCCAGUGGGGAGGUGGACAUCUCACAGAUCGAUGAACAUCUUGGGAGUCUUCCGACCAGUGUGAUCCUCAAGUCUUUGAACGUUUUUACGAACAAGUUCCCCGAGCUGGGAAUUCUUCAUCUCCCAACACUCAUGCAGGCAUUUCAGUCGGAGUGCUCGCAGGCGACGAAGGUUCUGCUUGGCGUUACCCUUCUUGUAACGAGAACACAACUAUCGCUGCUUAACCCAGCUUGGACAAUGAGUUUGCUACCCAGUAAACAUUAUGAAUACUACAUCCGGCAGAGUCUCUCUGAACUCAUUCUCCAGCCACCUGACAUACAGGUUGUUCAGGCCCUCCUGAUGAUGGCACUCUACGAGUGGGGAUGCCGAGACUUCGAUAAGGCUUGGGUCUACUGCGGUAUCGCGAUCCGAAUUAUGCAAUCCAUCCAAAGUCGACGCACUGCCCCGUACCCUCUCGAUCCUGACAUCAGUCCGGGUGCAGCCAAAGAUACAGUUGCUCCGGGGAUCGAGAACAGAACGAUUUGGGCCUGCUUUAUCAUGGAUCGCAUGAUCAGCUCGGGUACUUACAACCCACCCAUGCUUCCCAUGUCCGAGAUGGAGAAGCUGAAAGUCGCACGGCCUUUGAGCACCGUGGAAUUUGCCUUUGGAACCAACGUAAGCCUUUAUCCCGGGCACACGGGGCAUAACCUCACCUGGUCUGAACGUCUGCCGUCGGGCCUUUUGGAUAUAACCCAAUGCUACGAGAUUUUAGUCUCUGGCUUUGAUAUCUGGGCACAGGUAAUGACUUUUAUCUUUAACGACGGACGUCGAGCACCGGGGAUGUGUGCCCCCGAGAAUUGCCCUUGGGUCCCAGGGUCUCCGUGGUCUAGAACUAAGGCCCAACUGGAAAGGUGGAGGGCUGGCCAACAUGAUCGCCUUCACUAUCCCAGCAACAGUGUGGCGAUCCAUAUGACAUUGGGAUAUGGCGAGUCAUUCACGUAUAUCAAUCUUCUCUAUUAUCUAAGCACUCUUAUGCUCCACCGUGAAUAUUUUCCAUUUAUACCCACUGCAGAGUCGGGCCCAAGAGGACCGGUGGACCAGCCUCUGCUCGAAGCGGAAGCGCCCGUCGGCUGGUGGGAAUCGAGCGCACUAGAGCUGUUCUCGGCGGCGGAACACAUUGCCAGGCUUUUACACGAAGCAUCAGAAUGUGGAGCCCAUCUGAUGACGCCGUUUGUGGGUUUCUGUGCUUUCUCCGCGUCGUAUAUGAACCUCUACAUCUACCGAUUUCCCCGCAUGAACCUUGGUCGAAGUCCCCAGGCUGAACAGCUGAUGAAUUUCUGUCUGUCUUACUUGGAAGAGUUUCGGCACGUGUGGAAGCUGGGAGAGGCUUGGGUGUCUACUCUCAAACAUGCCUCACUCUUAUACGAACGCGCUUCUGCUGACAGGGGAAGAUAUUUAGGAAAGUCUCGACAGGACUUCGAUCAUCUUCACCAGUCCAUCCACGAAUUUCGAGUCGUUGACCGAUCUAAUCAACAUAUACAAGAAAUUGAAGGGGCCGAGGGAGCAAGCCCAGGAGUGACUUAUACUCAGCCCGCGCAACGGGUGGCCCCUAACUCUGAGUUGGACAAUAUUAGCGCACCGCUCACUCAUCUGCUUACGGAGGUUAGCACUUAUUCUCAUGAACAGGGCGCAUGGUCGCAGUGGUGGCCUACAUUGGAGGACAUCGAUCUUGCACUAGUAUCCGGAUGA